UCAAGGCGUAGUGACUCCCUGUGCCAGAGACCUCAGCCAGGACUGCACAAGUGGGGUAUGAUCAUGCCCUCUGGUGUCUCCAGCUUCUUGCUGGAUUGUAUGGAUUCAGACUUGGAAGCAGGUGACACACUACCAUCUAUUGAGACUUUUUGCAAAGCUGAUACUUCUGAUGAGGGAACAGGUCUGGUCAGUGAAGAUGAAAUGCUGCACUGCUGUAUCAGGAACUCAACGCUUCUCAGUUUCAGUGACGCUGUGAAUAUCGGAAUGCAGCAUCCUCCAAACCUCUCCUCCAUUCUGGAGCUGUCACCUGUUACUGAUGGACAAACUGCAAAAGACUCAUUUUCUCUGCCCUUCCUUCAACCUGUGUCACCUCUUGGCUCCUCCGCUUUGGUUGGGCUAUGUGAUAAUUUGACAUCCCCAAAGAAUACCUCAGGAGGUAAAGGCAAAACCACUGGAGUUGAAGAAAGGACUCCUGUAACCAAGAUAACUGUGGCAUUUUCUCCUGUUGUAAAAAAAAAGCCUCUUAUAGGAAAACGUAAGCCCAUAAAAUGCAGAAAGGUGACCUUCAGUGAUGUCAUCAGCACACAGGCCAUAUCAGUGCUUAAUCCUGGUUCAGUGAAACCUCAGAGAAGAGCCUAUAAUGUCCAUAAGAAUGACAUGAGAACCAACACCAACGAGCCUUCUUCAGAGACAGCAAGGUUUUUUGACUUUGCUGAUGAAUGCGAGAAGGAAACUUUUUUUCAAAGACUGAAGCUGACCUACACUUUUCAGUUUCCCUCUAAACCGAUUACCUUCCCAGACCGGCCGAAGACCGAGGAUGUGUGAGCCCUGUUUUGUGAUCAGCAAACCAGGACCUACCUCAGCGAGCUUGGAGGGUGAAAUCCAUUUAAAUCUAUUUCAGUAUUAAGCGUAAUAACAGUUUUCAGACAUUAGAAACCACACUCAGUGUGUCACAUGGUACGAGUCAUAUGCUACAUUAAAAAUAUAUACUUACUUAUUAUACUAUAUUUACUUGUUUACUUGAGGAGAAAAACAUUUUGUUACAGGGUAGUAAAUUUUAUUUUAUGAUGUGUUUGGUGUAAAUAAAUUAAAAAAGAUUUUUUUUGUUCA